AUGGCGCUGUCGGAACCAGAUCUGGCCACUUUUGAUCCGAAGGCGCAUUUCCAGCCACCGUUGGAGCCGAUGGAGCUGGACGAGAAGGACUUUAACCUGCCACCUCAAGCCGCCCUAAGCAACGCGCCAGGAGGUUCGCCAAAUAACAUUAACGAAAAUGCGCAUCAAGUCAACGGGACCAUAAACGGAGAGGAUCAUGCGGUUCCUUUAACGAACGGUGUUCACGCCAAUCAUGUGCCUGUGAACGACACGCAAACUUCAUUUGAACUAAACUCAAGUGCGCUUGACUCGGUCGACACAACAACAACACUACCCGCAACUUCAAGUCAGACUGCGCCGGAAGAAAUUACGCUUGCGGAAGGAACUAAAGCUGGGGAUGCACUGAUCGAUCCCCCGCCUCCAGUCAUCCAGCAGCCUAUUUCCGACGUCCGAGAAGAGGCGCUGCCUCCGAAUGAGCAGUCAACCAUGGAGACUCAACACGAUACAAGCACCGAAGAACAACAAGAAGUUCCAGUAAGCGACCAGGGAACAUCUACGAUCCCCCCAAAUCAAGUGCCGCCAGAAAUCCCUAGUGUAGAUGCCUCUGCACCAUCCUUGUUACCACCACCAGCUCCGCAGGAAGAAUCAGUCCCACCAAAUCAAGACGUCGCUAUAGCGCCGUCGUCAUCUACUAAUUUAGACGAGGAAACGCCGCUGGACCCUGCGCCAACACCAGUUGCGUUAAAUGCUGCUUCAGACGCCCAGUCUAAAUCUGUACCGACGUUACCGGAUGAGGAUAUGCAAGACGCCUCACUUUCGUCCGCGAAGGUUGCGCGACCACGCGAGGAGGACGAAUCUGGAGAUGCUCCGGCUGCUAAGAGAUCAAGAACUGACGACGAAUUGCCAGACACGUCGUUCAAAGUCCCUGAACGACCUCAAACAGACACUCAACCCACCUCCACCCAACCGGAACCCUCAAAUGACCCUCCCCAGCCGAUGACCAAACCGCAACAAAAGCAUAUUCAGCGGGCGAUUGGAAACGUCAAGCGUAUUGCAGCUGCAAAGUCGUUCCUGUCACCGGUAGACCCUGUGGCACUCAAAAUCCCUACCUACCCAAGCAUCAUAUCGGACCCAAUGGACCUCAAGACCCUAGAAGACAAUCUGCGAGGAGACAAAUACACCACGGUCAACGCCGUGGUGGAAGAUUUCAAUCUGAUCGUAUCAAACGCACAAACUUUCAACGGUCCCGAGCACCAAGUCACUCAGCAAGCUAUAGCCAUGAAGGCGAACUUUGAUAAGCAUAUGGAAGGUUUACCAACUGCUGAAGUCAAAGAGGCAGCUCCAGCCAAGAAAAAGGCACCCGAUCCAAUGGCUAUUCGUGCUCCACCAGCUCGACGAGAAUCACGCUCAUCCCUCCCAGGAUUAGCGCAGUCACCGGCGUCGGCAACCUCUCCCCAAAAUUUUGCUUUGGGGCCGGACGGUAUACCGCUAAUUCGACGAGGUUCCACAGUUGAUGGUCGGCCGAAGCGGGAAAUACAUCGUCCAGCCCCACGCGAUCUACCAUACACGAAUCAGAAACCCAAGAAGAAGAAGUUUCAAUGGGAGUUGAAAUUCUGCGACCAUGUCUUGAAAGAGAUUUCGAAGCCAAAGUAUGUAGCGUACUCAUAUCCUUUCACGAGCCCGGUUGAUGCGGUUGCCUUGAACAUCCCUACCUACUUUAAUAUAGUCAAGAAACCCAUGGAUUUCGGAACAGUGAGAGAAAAGUUGAACGGAGGCGAAUAUGAAAAUGCGAAAGAGUUUGAAGGAGAUGCCCGACAGGUAUUCAGGAAUUGCUACAUGUUCAAUCCCGAAGGUGAUUCCGUCAACAUGCUUGGAAAGCGCUUUGAAGCUAUAUUCAAUGAAGAAUGGAACAAGAAGAAUGAGUGGCUUGAUGAGAACGCGCCCAGCUCGGGUCAGCGAUCGCCUGCUAGCUCGGACGAUGAGGAGAGCGAAGAAGAAGAGGAGGAAGAGGAGGAGGACGAAGGUCAAUCGGAGAUUGUGUCAAAGCUUCAGAAGCAGAUUGCAGAAAUGUCGAAACAAGUCGAGAUGAUCACUUCUGGCACGAAGAAGAAGCCGACGCCUCCGACGGCGAGCAAGAAAUCGGCAAAGGGUGCAAAGGCAGUGAAGAAGGAAACCAAAAAGGCCGCGCCGUCUCAGCCAAAGGUCGAGAAAAAGCCGGCGUCAAAGCCUGCUGCUAGAAAGGACAAGCCUCCAUACGUGACCUAUGAACAAAAGCAAGAUAUUUCGAAUCGGAUCAACAGCCUUUCAGAGGCGAAGAUGAGUCAAGCCCUUGGGAUCAUCCGUAACAGCAUGCCUGCUCUGCAAGGUGUGCAAGAAGAUGAACUUGAGCUCGACAUUGACGAGCUAUCGAACGACGUGCUUUACAAACUCCUUGUGUUUGUUCGAAAGCACGCUCCACGCCCUGACGAUUCACCUGCUCGACCUGUCGCUACUUCGUCAUCCGCAGCCCCCGCACGCAAGAAGAAUAAGCCCAUGAGCAAACAGCAGCAGGAAGACCGCAUCGCUCAGAUGCAAAACAAACUCUCCACAUUUCAAAAGGGGGCUGUGGGCAGUUCUGAUGAACCUAGACAAAGCAUAGAAGGGCAACCUAGUGACGACGAUGACGAAGAAGAUUCUGAGAGCGAAGAAGAGUGA